UGUCUAAAGUGCACAGUUUCUGCAUCUAUGGACGUUAUAAACAAGUCUUUUUUCAUGCUUUGUUUUCUCUUCAAGCUCAAGCUCUUACAUGGAGCUAACACUAUUAUUGCUAACCAAUCCCUUUCAGGAGAACAAACACUUGUCUCUCUGAAUGGAAUAUUUGAGUUAGGCUUCUUCAAACCAGGUCAGUCCACCAAAUAUUACAUAGGCAUAUGGUACAAAAAGAUUAGUCCACAAACUGUUGUUUGGGUAGCAAAUAGAGGAACACCAAUAUCUGAUAAGAAUUCUGCUGAGCUAAAGAUCAUAGAGGGUAAGUUGGCACUCUUCAAUGGGUCAAAAACCUCGAUUUGGUCCACAAAUAUAGCAUCUAGUACUACUUCCCAAUCAUCAGUGGUGGCAGUGCUUCUUGAUAAUGGUAAUCUGAUUUUAUUAAGGGAUGGUUCAACUAUUUGGCAAAGCUUUGAUCAUCCCACAGAUACAUGGUUGCCUGGUGGGAAACUUUUGUUCGAUCGUAACAAACAAAAGACGGCUCUUAUAUCAUGGAAGAAUGUGGAAGAUCCUACACCUGGAUUGUAUUCAGGUCAGCACACGCCAAACGGUACGCAAUCCUUGUUAGUAUGGAAUGGAACAAAACAAUAUUGGGCUAGUGUAUCCUGGAAUUUUCCUGUUUUGGGAUUGUCACCUCAAUUGCGAGCAAACUCUAUUUUCAACUAUACUUACAUCAAUAAUGAGAAUGAGAGCUAUUUUACAUAUUUACCUCGUGAUCCUUCAAUUGUGACAAGAUAUUUAGUUGAUGUAUCUGGACAGGUUAAGUUAGUCACCUGGUCAGAUGCUUCAAAAAUGUGGACUCCGUUAUGGACCCAACCUUUAGAGCAAUGUGAGGUUUACGCUUAUUGCGGGCCAUUUGGCUACUCCAAUCAGGAUUCUCCUGGCUACUGUAAUUGUGUGAGUGGGUUCGAGCCUAAAUCAAGUAGCGAGUGGGAUAUAAAGGACUUUUCUAGUGGUUGUGUGCGAAAAGAAGAUAUACAUGAGUGUGCUAAUGUUGUUAAUGAUGAGAAAAAGGACAGGUUUUGGGUGUAUAAUAACAUGAAGUUGCCUGAAGAUGCUCAAUCUUUUGAGUCAGCAAGUGUUUCAGAUUGUGAAACCACCUGCUUGAAUAAUUGUUCUUGUGUUGCUUAUUCAUAUAGUAGCAAUGAGUGCUCUAUUUGGAGAAGAAAGUUGUUGGACAUGCGGAAACUUUGUGGAGACGAUGUUAGAGGACGGACAAUCCAUAUCAGGCUCGCACUUUCAGAAUUUAAAACUUUCAAAAGCAAAAAGAAAAUUAUAAUUGGUGUUACUGUUUCUAUAUCGGUCUUCUUAGGACUUGUCCUGAUGGCUUUAAUCUGGAAGCAGCAAAGCAAUCGUUACGGCUUUUCAAAGGUAGUGGAGGGUUCACUGGUGGCUUUUAGUUUCAAGGACUUGCAAUAUGCAACGAAAACUUUCUCCGAAAAAUUAGGUGGAGGGGGUUUUGGUUCUGUUUACAAAGGGACAUUGCCUGAUUUAUCAAUUGUUGCAGUGAAGAAGCUUGAAGGCAUUGGUCAAGGAGAGAAGCAAUUCCGGGCAGAAGUUAGCACACUUGGAACUAUCCACCAUGUUAAUCUUGUACGUCUUCAUGGAUUUUGCUCCGAAGGUAAUAAGAAAUUACUGGUUUACGAGUACGUGGAAAAUGGUUCUUUGGACUCUCGCCUCUUCAAAGAAAAUGAGUCAAACUUGUUGGAUUGGAAUACAAGAUACCAAAUUGCAUUGGGGACAGCACGGGGAUUGUCUUAUCUUCAUCAUGAGUGCAAGGAUUCAAUCAUACAUGCCGAUAUUAAGCCAGAAAACAUCCUUCUUGAUGCUAACUUCCAACCUAGAUUGGCUGAUUUUGGUUUGGCAAAACUUGUUGGGCGAAAUUUUAGCAGAGUAGUUACUUCCAUGCGAGGCACGAUAGGUUAUCUUGCACCAGAAUGGAUAUCUGGAGUAGCUAUAACAACUAAAGCAGAUGUUUAUAGUUUUGGAAUGAUGCUUUUUGAACUUAUAUCAGGAAGGCGAAAUUGGUUGAAUACUCCAGAUGAAAAUGUUAAGUUCUUUCCUAGUUGGGCAGCUCAUUUACUAGUUUAUGCAGGUGACAUGCUUUGCCUAUUAGACAAUAAGCUUGACAGAGCAUCUGCUGAUGCUGAUGAGGUCUCCAAAAUUUGUAAAGUUGCUUUAUGGUGCAUUCAAGACGACGAAAAUAACAGGCCAGCAAUGUCUGAAGUUGUGCAAAUACUUGAAGGGGUUGUGGAUGUUAACUUGCCUCCAAUCCCUCAUUCCUUCCAAGUUUUUGAUGUAGAAGGGUCUUCAUCAAAUGCUUGAUCAAUAUAUUUAUUGUCCUAUUUAUUUCUUUUUGCUUUUUCUAUACAUUUUAGUAGUUUAUAAGUGAAUUCAACAGUAAGGCAACAUCACAUAUCAUGUAAGUCAACAUACAUUCCUAUGUAGUUAGCAUGUAAAAGUAGUAACUUUAAUUUUCUUUCACCUUUUUCUUUGCUAUAUAAUAUAUGCUUG